GUGGGCACAGAUGGGUGGCACUGGUGGGCACAGGUGGGUGGCACUGGUGGGCACAGGUGGGUGGCACUUCUGGGCGCAGGUAGGUGGCACUGCAGAGUGGCACAGGUGGGUGCACUGCUGGGCACAGGUGGGGGCACUGCUGGGAACGGGUGGGCGGGGCUAGUGGGCGCACUGCUGGGCGGAACUUGCGGGUGUCACUGCUGGGCACCGAUCAUCAGGGCACUGAUCAUCAGUGCCCUGAUGAUCGGUGCCGAUCCCCGCUCUGACAACUGCCGGUUCUCGGCAGUACUUUCCUCACGAUCUGACAGCGUGAGGAAAGUGCAGCCGAGAACCGGCACUUGCAU